GCGGGCACCGGGUCAUCAGGUACCGGAUUGUCUGGCUCGACAGCGGGCAUCGGGUCACCAGGUAUGACAGCGGGCACUGGGUCACCAGGCAUCAGGUCAUUUGGCUUGCCAGCGGGCACCGCGUCAUCUGGCAAGGCAGUGGGCACCGGGUCACCAGGCAUUGGAUCGUCUGGUUCGGCAGCGGGCAGCGGGUCACCAGGCACGACAGCGGGCUCUGAGUCAACUGGCAUGACAGCGGGCACCGGGUCAUCAGGUACCGGAUUGUCUGGCUCGACAGCGGGCAUCGGGUCACCAGGCAUCAGGUCAUUCGGCUCGCCAGCGGGCACCGCGUCAUCUGGCAAGGCAGUGGGCACCGAGUCACCAGGUACGACAGCGGGCUCUGAGUCAAUUGGCACGACAGCGGGCACCGGAUCAGGUACCAGAUCAUCUGGAUCAACAGCGGGCAUCGAGUCAACUGGC